AUGGCCGAUAAAAAAGUCACCAUCCGCGUCCCAGCGACGUCGGCCAACAUAGGACCUGGCUUCGACGUUGUUGGCCUCUCUUUGUCUCUUUACCUUACGUUGACCGUCACCCACCCAGUCACACCGCCCCCAGGUCCAUAUGUCGCCCCGACCAUCACCUACACUGGAGAAGGCGCCGACGAGGUCCCCCUGGAUGCAUACAAAAACCUCACCACCCGCGUCGCCCUUUAUGUUCUUCGAUGCCACAAAAUUACUCGAUUCCCUUCGCACUUGAAGAUCCAUUGCAACAACGAGAUACCCUUCGGCCGUGGCCUCGGUUCGUCCGGUGCAGCAGUCAUUGCAGGAGUAAUAUUGGGGAAUGAGCUGGGAGACCUCAAACUCCCCACCGAACGCCUCCUCGACUUCGCUCUUAUGGUCGAGCGACACCCAGACAACGUUACCGCCGCACUUGUUGGAGGAUUUGUGGGAUCUUAUCUCAAAGAGCUGGACGAGGAGGCAAGCGAGGCUGCGAGUGUUCCUUUGAGCGAGGUUUUGCCAGAAUACCCUCCCGAUGCAGGCGAAAAUUGGGGUCUGAACCCUCCUGUGCCGCCUUUUGGCAUAGGCCAUUUUAUCCGCUUCAAUUGGUCACCGAGCAUCAAGGCUAUCGCCAUCGUCCCUCGUUUUGAGCUUAGCACGGCCAAGGCGAGGGAAGUCCUUCCGACGCAAUAUUCACGGAAAGAUCUCAUCUUCAACUUGCAACGCCUUGCUGUUCUUACAACAGCAUUGGGCCAGUCACCACCAGAUCCCGAACUUAUCUAUGAAGCAAUGAAGGAUCGUGUUCAUCAACCUUACAGGACGGCCUUGAUUCCCGGGUUGCCUGAGGUCACAUCCCAGAUCACGCCAGCUACUCAUAAAGGUCUACUCGGAAUAUGUCUUUCAGGUGCUGGGCCAACGAUCUUGGCUCUGGCUACCGAAGGGUUUGAAUCUAUUGCCGAGGAUGCCCGGGCGAUCUUCAAAAAGUUCGACGUGGAGAUUGAUUGGAAAUUACUUGAAGUUGCACCAGGUAGCAGUGUAGAGCAUUAG